AUGACGUUCGCUGCUGUUGUUCGCGCUGGUGUACUUGCAUCCGCGCUAGCGGUCACCCUAACGCACGGGUACGCGUUUUCAGAGACCUCUGACGCGUCGAAAGUGGAGGACAGCACGGGGCUAACAGUCAACGAGGAGGACCGCAUCUUUGGUGGAUCGGAGGCGGACGCGUCCAAGUACCCGUUUGUUGUGAGUUUGCGCCAGAACGACGCUGGCGGCAGCACUUACUGCGGCGGCGCGCUUAUUGCCUCGCAGUACGUGGUUACGGCUGCUCACUGCGUCAAGACCGACCGAGCUACCAUUUACGCGUCGAUUGGAACUGCAUUUGCUUCGGGAUCGAGUGACGGGCAGCAGGUGAAGGUGAUCCAGGGCUACCGCCACCCCAAGUACAACAAGUCCGCGCAUUUGUACGAUGUGGGUCUUCUCAAGCUUGAGAAGAAGGUCUCUACAACGACGGUCGGGUUGGCUGCGCCUGACGGAUCGGACAACACGGUCGGCACUGUGGCGACAGUCAGAGGAUGGGGCCUCACCGAAAACGGAUCGCAAAGCGUGAAGAUGGAGGAAGUGAAUGUGAACAUAAUUUCAAACGCCGAGUGCAACAAGGAGUACGGCAAGCGAAUCACCGAAGGAAUGAUGUGUGCGGGUAACGGCGACGGCAAGGACACGUGCAACGGCGAUUCUGGGGGUCCUCUCAUUGCGAACGACGUUCUGGUUGGCAUUGUUAGCUGGGGUGGCAAAUGCGGCGUCAAUGCUGGCGUGUACACUCGCGUCGCGUACGUGCUCGACUACAUCAACAGCAUCGUUAGUGGCGGUUCGGGCAGCAGCUUCACCCCAAGUGCACCGAGCUCGGCAGGUGAGAGUCGAGGCGCAGAUUCGUCGAAUGUCGAUGUCUCUGCAACAGAAACCCCUGCGACUGAGACCCCGACACCUGUGCCUAUCACCGAGGCACCAAAGACUGAAGCCCCGACGCCCUCACCGACUCCGGCACCGACGUCAGCUCCAACGACGGUGCCGCCUGACACGGUAGCUCCAUCCACCGAGGAGCCAGAGACGGAGAGUCCUAACACGGAUCAAGCGGAUCAGUCGGAGUCUUCACCAAACUCAGCGGAUCACAGUGAGAACGCUACGGAUUCGGCCGAGCAGAGCAUGCCAACCUAUGAUCCGACGCCCGCCUCAGGCAAGAAGAUCGACAGCGGCAAGGACUGCGCUUCACAGUUUUGA